CUGCCUGCUUGCUCCUGCCUGCUUGCUUGCCAGAGAAGCCCCCUGCUUGCUUGCUUCUUCUCUCCUGUUCUUUGCCGACUCUGCCCUGCUGCACAUCCUCUGCCCUGCUGCUUGCUUCUCUUCUCCCCUGUUCUUCGCCGACAGAGACAGAGAACUCCCCUGGUUCUUCCCCGGCAGAGAAGGUUUGUAUGUUCCUCCUCCCCUGCUUCUCUCCUCUGUUAAUCUGUUAUUCACUGAUUCACAUAUGAUGGCUUGAACUCAGAUGACAGAGGGUCAAUCUGAAGAAACUGGAAGUGCACCAGAGGGAGUUAGUGUCCUUAGAAGAAAUUCAGAUGAUGUGGGAUGGGAGUAUGGGGUUCUUGUUGAUGUAAACAAUAAGGACAAGGUAAAGUGCAUACUGUGUGACAAGCAAAUGUGUGGAGGGGUUUAUCGGUUGAAGCAACAUAUCGCCCAGGAAGGAAAGAAUGCAAAGAAAUGCCAAGGCAUUAAGACCACCAAAGAGAAAUUGUUGGAGGCUCAAGAAAAGUGCAAGAAAGCACUAGAUGGAGCAAAAAGGAAAAGGGAGGUGAAGACUGUUCGUGAGCUAGAACUUAGAGAGGAAGUUCAUGUGUCUAGGGUUGGAGGAUCUGAAGAAGUGACUUGUGUUGGAAGUUCAGAGCCUCACAAAUUAGGCCCCAUGGACAAAUGGACAAAAGCUAUUGAUCCUACAGCAACCAAAUCUGAAUCUUUGACUCAACAGAGGCUGAACAAGGAACUUUGGAAAGAAAGAUUACAUGAGGUGCAUAAAUAUAUUGCAAGAUGGGCCUUUAACCAUGCAAUAUCAUUCAAUGCAUGUGACAACGAUGAGUUCAAGCAAAUGUGUGAAGCAAUUGGACAAUUUGGGCCUGGAAUUGAACCUCCAACUAUGUUUGACCUGCGAGGGAGAUUGUUGGAAGAAGAAUAUGCAAGAACCAAGAGUUUGCUGCAAGAACGUGAAGCCGAGAAGAUGAAGAAUGGGUGCUCUAUUAUGACCGAUGCUUGGUCAGAUAAGAAGAGGAGAAGCAUAAUGAAUGUUUGCACUAAUUGUGCUGAUGGAACUAGUUUUAUCAAAAUAACAAGCAGCCAACAUCGAACUCCAGAAGUUUCAGAAUAGAGAAGGUCCAUUUAGCAAGAAACUUGCAAGGACUUUUGAAAACUUUGAUUAUAAUCCAGGUAACAGCUGUUUAUAAUCCAGGUUUUUUUUAUUUCAGCAUUGUAACAAGCAAUCUGUUAUACUACUAACUAAUAGAGAGGUAUUUUAUUUCAGCAUCAUGGUGGCGGCUUUAUGGAACUGAAACACCAGCUCUACAGAAGAUGGCUACCAAGAUCCUAUCUUUAACAGCAAGUUCUUCUGGUUGUGAAAGAAAUUGGAGUGGGUUUGAUGGGGUAAGUACCUAUCUGUUAUCAAAAUUACAGCAGCAUUACAAUAAAAUUGCAGAACUAAAAGUGCUCUUAUUUUUAAUUUAUAGGUGUACACUAAGAAGAGAAAUAGGCUUACUACAGACCGCCUCAACAAGUUGGUCUACAUUCAGUUCAACAACAGGCUAAUUAAUAAGAGAGCAAAGAUCAAGUCCAAGAAAAUUACUGAUGUUCUCUUGUCUAGUGGUACAACUAAAGCUCAAGGUUUCCUCCAAGAGAAUGGAGAUGAUUGUGCAUUAGUCUCCUUUAGAGAUGACGAAGACGAGGAAGAAGUCAUGGAAGGUACAGGGAUACCUUGGCCUGUGCUUGGAGAUGCAGUGGGAGCAGAAGAACAACUAGAGAUGCGUAGAAGUGCAAGGGUGAGAGAGCUCAAUGAAGAAGAGUUUGAGUCCGAAGAAGAAGAGUUUGAUGAAGAUGAGGAUGAGGAUGAGAUGGAUGAAACCGGCGUGUGAGCCAGCUUCAUGUCAUGUUUUAGCUUUUAUUAUGCAUCCAUGUAUCUUUAACUUGUGAACUUAGAACUCCUGUUGUGCGCUUGUGUUUUGUGUUGUGGCUUGUGAGAACUGAAUCAU